CGAGUGGUGGGAGACCCAUUCCCCUACGCUAAAGGAAGCCUAUGUAGCACCGAGUGUAUGGUGCACGCACGCGCCUUAAUUCGAUACAUACUCGAUCGUGGCUCCGUAUUUUCUUAGUAUCGUAGCAACGAUAAUUGCGCUCAUAACUCAGUAAGAUCGAGAAGACACAGUUAAUUAAUCCAGUUUUAAAUUUAUUUGCAAUCGCGUAUUCGGUACAUACGUGUUUGGUGCUCAGGAGUAAGCUUUCUACCCUUCAACACGAUACCAAACAGAAAUGUUGUUAUGAUACGAGGAGUGGGAAAGGGGGGUCAACGCUCGGUGAACGAUCGAUCACGAUUGGCUUAUCCGUGCGACUCUCGACCAAUCAGAGCGCGUGCUGCGCCCUUACACGAAAGUUUGCUGCACGAGAGAUGCCAGUUUGCUACUGCAAGCUUCAGAGGUGCGGUCGUUGGUCGCGUAAGCCGGCUCGCGGUGUUUUCGCUGAUCUUUAUUUCACGUUUCUCGCGGCGUGCGAACCAAAGACACUCGUAAUAAACAUGCCAAAAAGGAACGAUAUUCGUGCGUGACGCGAGUGUUCAUUUCUGUGCAUCAUCUUUUACUGUGCUGCGAUGACGACCAGAUAAAAUCGGAGGAAUCUACAUCGAGAAAAGUGUCCAUUCCUCGAAGAAGCAACUACGAUCAAUCUCGAUAUCCAAUAGCUGCGGGUACGACGAUGUAGCUCGAUCGCCACUGGCUCGUGAUCUUCGACAAUCGAAUACCCCGCUGGUGGCAGUGAUCGCGUACCUCCUCUAUAAUUAAACCAUAUAAUGUCAACAGUGAACUCUACCUCUGGUCCAAGUGCAUCCCGAACCGUCUGACCGGCAAGACACUCUCCAUUGUUUCGUAUCGUUCGUAAGGAGACCUCGAAUUCGAAAGAACCAGAAGGAAGACAGUGAAAAAGAGACAAUGGGGGGUUCGAUGGGCGGAGCGAGAAUCUCGUGGAGCUCGUGUCGACCGUUGUCGCGAUGGAGAACGAGAUUCUUGGGCCACUGGGCCUGAGAUAUGCCAGCAUCGGUUAGCUCGGUGAUCACGGAAGCAGCAUCGUCGUCGUCGAGGCUGAGGACGGAAACGGCGGUGUCGGGCAGCGUAGCUGGCCGCCAGCUGGCCAGGCUAGAAAUCGAAACGAUCGAACGCCGGGUCUGCGCGACCCGACGCGAUCUCUUCGUUCCCGUAACCGUCGAUCCGCGUCCGAGUCGAGCCGUUCAUUGCCCGGACCUGAACGCCUGUCUGGUCAACGAGUCUCGAUCAGGAACGGAUCAGGUCGACUGUCAGGCCAUCCAUUUCGGUUACGCCAUUCCCGUGAACGUGGUGCCUCUGGAGAGUAAUCCUGACUUGGUGGAGCUGGUACUGGACCAUUCGACGGAGUUGAGCAGAAGAACGGCGAGUUUCCUGCUGGAACAUCAUCCCCAGCUGCGUCAACACACACAGGGACCUAGCCAGGCGCAGCAGGAAACCUGGAGCAUGGCUGCGACGGCCAAACACGACCUCCGUCGCAAAUUCCCCACGGACACUUCGACCUCGGGCGACGAGGACAUCGCCGCGAUCGCGAAACAGAUCAGCGAUCACGCGGAGGCGAUCUACCAGACCUGGAAGAGUCGAGGUCUGGCUCCUACCGAAAUCCUGAACUGCCACAGCAAUGCCACGGCAGCGGACAAGUUCGGCACCGCCCUCACUCCGACCUCUAGCCCGAACAGUACCGGGAAAACCACCCCCACGACGCCUACCUCCGCACCCACGGUGGACAUACUGACCCAAGCACCCAGUCUGGACAACGGGAAUCUGGAGAAGUUAGUCAACAACUUCGUGGUGGAGGAUAAGGCCAGGAUCGCCGCGUCCAGACAGAGGUCGCCGUCCAAGACACUGCCUUCGUCGAUACAGUUCGCGCUGCAGAAGUUCGAGAGGAACUCGACGCAGCAGCAACAGCCGCAAACGUCGCCUCUGAAAAACAGUAACGUUGCUAGCCAAGCUAAGACGAAACAGACCAGUUUGCUGUCUCCCACGUCGCCGUUCGCGAAUAAACCCUCGCAGAUAGUGAAGCCUCAAGUUGCCACCAAGACUCCCGGUGCUCAUCAUCGAGAAGUCUUUUUGGAGACGAUCGAGACCACCUUCCCGGCGGACAUAACGCCGUCGAAGAUCGCGGUGCAGCAGAAGAGGCCCACGAGUACCGUCAUCACGUCCCCGAAUCUCGACGAAUCCUCCAUGAACUCUGGUCUGACCACGUGGCCCCUGAAGAACAAGUUGAACGAAGGUAAAAGGAUAACGGAUCCUUCUGCCAGGUCCCCGCAGGAGAGCAAGGUUUUAAUAGUCAAGGAAGAGAAGAGAAACGUUGGUUCCAAUUCGAGCGUCUACCUGGACGAGGUGGCUCGCGAAGAAGAAAGACUGAUAAACGCGCUGAAGACUGGCUCCGUGAUCACGGAGGAGCCUACGGAAAGGACGGUGCCGGCUCUGGGUCGGCAGAAACCCGCGAUAAAGCGGGAGAAGCCGAAAGUGGAGCCGGUCAAGCCCAUAAUCAUCGGUCACAAUCACCAUGCCGCGGGUUUGGUGCCAGCCUCCGCGGCUAUGGUGAACAACGUGGUCGCGACGCCUCCUGGAGCCACCUCGACAGGCGCGACCGACGCGAAAGCCCUCAGCAAAGACGAUUUGUCUAACAUGUCAGUGGUGGAUUACGCGAAAGUGAGAUACAGAGCGGCUCAGCAGAAUCCACCGACGCAGCAGAGGCUGGAGGAACAGAAGACGAACAACGGACCCGCGUUUAAUGCCACGGAACAGUUGGUAUCGACCACCAGGUCCAAGUUCGAGACGGAGAUACGGAAGGAUAAAGAGGCUAACAAGGAGGAGAAAGAUCCUGUGACGUCCAGGUGGGGACCCAGGAUUAACUCUCCCAGGCCGAGGAUCGAACAAGUGCCUCAUCCUGAACUAACCACGCAGCAGAAACAGCACAUCAGAGCUGCUGCUGCAACUGGAACCGGAAAUAACCCUAUCAGACCCUUCCUCACCAGAGGAUCUGUCGCGGAACGCGUGCUUAUCUUCGAGAAGUGUCCGAGCGAGUUGUUGCUCGAUAAACGGGGACCACGACAACCUGCUAUCAACACCUGGAGAACUGGACACGAGGUUCAAAACAAGGCUCAGACGUACGCGAAAGACAAGACACAGCAAAAGAGCUUGCCACCGCACACGACGCUCCAGAGGCACGUGAAAGCGAACAGAAACGUUCACAUACCACGAUUUUACUUCCCCGGGGGAAAACCUGUGCCACUGUCUCAGAUCGAAGCAACUAUCUCCAAGAUCACUGCUGCUUUUCAAGCUUUACCUGGUCAUCGUGCCUCUCGUGGUCAAUUUCAUACCAUCACCAAGGCAUGCGACUUGCCGCUCUACUGGAAAGUGCCGCUUUUUCUCGCCGCUGGAGGAGAUCAGACUGGAUACGUCGAGAUGAAUGCGUUCCUUGAAUUUUGGAAAGAAUUGUCGAACACCCACCACGAUGCGGCGAGUAAGUUUAUCAGAAUCACAACCCGAGGCCAAAGGAACAAUAUACUCCCAGAGGAUUUAAUCCCGUUGGUGCAAGACGUGGUCGAAACUCACCCUGGUUUAAUUUUCCUGAAAGAGGCUACUGAGUUCCAUUCACGCUACGUACACACGGUGAUUGCCAGGAUAUUUUAUUGCGUAAACCGAAGCUGGAGCGGAAAAAUCUCCGUGGCUGAACUGAGAAGAAGCAACCUACUAUCGGUGAUCGCGAUUCUGGAGCACGAGGAAGAUAUCAAUCAAGUUACUGCAUACUUCAGUUAUGAACACUUCUACGUUAUAUAUUGUAAAUUCUGGGAAUUGGAUCGGGAUCACGAUCUGUUCAUCGAUAAAACGGACCUCACAAAACACAAUGAUCAUGCUCUGUCGAAACGUAUGAUUGCAAGAAUAUUCAGCGGCGCUGUGACAAGAGGUGGUAUGAAAAGUGGGAACGCUGUCCAGCAACCACAAGACAAGAUGAGCUAUACAGAGUUUGUAUGGUUCUUGCUAAGUGAAGAGGACAAAAACCAUCCGACUGCGAUCGAGUAUUGGUUUAGGUGCAUGGAUCUCGAUGGAGACGGUUACUUAUCGAUGUAUGAAUUGGAAUAUUUUUAUGAAGAACAGUUGCAUCGUAUGGAAGCAAUUGGAAUUGAAACGUUACCCUUUGAGGACUGUCUCUGUCAGAUGCUGGACAUGAUCAAACCAGAAACGCCAGGAAAGAUAUCUCUGAGCGAUUUGAAGAAAUGCAAGAUGACCUCAAUCUUCUUCGAUACGUUCUUCAACCUUGAAAAGUACCUGGAUCAUGAACAAAGAGAUCCCUUCGCAUCGGCUAGAGAACAUGAUCCUGAUGGUCACGAGCUGUCAGAUUGGGAUCGAUUCGCAGCAGAGGAAUACGAAUUAUUGGUUGCUGAAGAGAGCGGCAACGAACAGAACGAGCAAAUGUCAUACGAUUGUCUACCAGAGGAUGUAUUCUCUCGAAACUUGGACAUUCUGGAUGGCGAAUCGGCGGAUUUGCUUCAGCAUCCAGACAUUCAAUUCUCGGGACAUCCUGACAGUCUGUCGACGGUCAGUCAGUCGGAUACAUUUCGACAUCAAGCCAGAAGUCAAUAUUAUGAUAGCGGUGACAGCGAUGAUUACGCCGAAAGCGACAACUAAUCGUUUCCUCGUUUGCGAAUGCAAGGAUGUUUGGAAAAACUGAACACGUCGUUGCAAAGAAGAGAAAUAUUCUAUUUUCUCGAAGCAACAGUAGUUUAAACGUGUAGUUAUCCUCUGUAUAAUUAAGAGAAUCGUGUAAUCUCAUCAUAAACUACCGUACUAACGAUGGCAGAGCGAUUCUCAGUGGAUUUCCGUAUCAUUUUUUAUUGGGGGAUCGUUAGAUACGAAUCUAUUCGGUGACCAGAUUCGAAUCACCGCCCUGAAGUACAAAGAUAUCCGAGACUCGUUGAUUUUACCGUUCCCCGUAGAUGAAGAAACGUUCGAACAAUUUUAGUAACGAUUUCCACGUGACGAAAAUGGAGAUUGACUUGAAAGCUUGACGUUUUUAAAAGUAGAGGAUACACUUUUCAUCGAAGUAUUUGGAGUAGAAACGUCGAUAGCGUUUUCGUAAUAGAAACAUGUCAAAAAUUGAGCAAUCUAUACACAGAAGUGACCUGUAAUCCUGUUUACAAUCGGGAAAGGCUCAAUAUCACCGAAUCGAUCCGUACCUAUGAAUAGUCUGGGGAUAGAAAUCAGGCCACGAUGUGAUAAACGGGCCGCCAUUGUUCAACUUAUCAUGAUAUACAUAUUGUGUACUUCACAUUGUAAAUAGACAGCAAAUCAUGGACCCUUAUUUUUACUUAAACGUGUGAGAGUCAUUUGAAAUUGCGGCUCUUUCAAUUGCUGCAGCCGUUCGUUAGCGUGUUGACUGUUAUGGGAGUUUCCUGCGACCGGAACAAUGGAAAAAAGGAAGAACAUUUUGAAUACUACAGAAAUUAUGCAAAUUGCCAGUCAACGUGUUAAAGAACUCUGAAUCUGUAGCUCUAGAAACAUUUUCGUAAAGGAUCGGAUACCUGGUCUGUUCUUACAGUUUUAUUCUCGUGAACUACCCUUUUUCUAGCCCAAAGAAGUCAUAUUUUUUAGACGAAACAAAAAGAGAGAAAGGAAAUUCUGCGAGCAUAUACACCCUCUGCUUCUCUCGAGAAGAGAAUUCACAGUUCGAGGCUGCAACAACUGGAAAUUGCGCGUAAAAGGAUACGCUGACACGAAAAAAGAAACGUUUUGUCCUUCUGUACUUGUCUUAUACGUCAUUAGUAUUACGCUGUAUGCGACAUUAAUUGCACGCACGAUAAUGUCGCUCGAGAGGUUCCAAAGCGAGAAUCGUGGCAAAGUAUUCGUCUAAUUGCACGUAGAGUACUCGUAAAUGAGUGUUCGUCUUCUUUUUGUCGAUGGUCGCAGACUGCUUCGGGCAUUGCCAGCCGUUUCGUUUACCAUUUGGAAGUAGGUUUGUACCGAGACGAUAGAGUAACAAACCAAAGACGCGAAGCUAGGAGAGGAAAAUAAAAAAAGCAAAAAACAGAAAAAUUCUGAACGGAAGUCGUGCUUAAACGAUACAUAACACAUCGUCCUCUUCAACCAUAAGCGACGUAUGUUAUUAAGAUUUUGGGAAAUUUCGAUACCAUUCGAGUUUCCCUCGUUUAUUGGACAUUUAGCGAAACGUAGCUUUUAUAAUCUAAGUUUAACGUUGCUUUAUAGUGUUCUCCUCGAAACGAUGCAUUCUGAAUAUUCAUUGUUUCUUCUCUAUCUGUCUCUCUCUUUCUUUUUUUUAAUUAGUUUAAUAAGAUAAUAGAGAUUUUAUGUACAACAGCGUGCAACUUGGAUAUUUUUCAGUUAAAAGGAAGUAUACAGGAAGGAAUAUUCCACCACUUGCAGGAUUCAUCUAUGUCCUUCCUUGAAUCCUUCUUUGGAUCCUUCUUUGAAUUUUCCCAUUCAACGUUCCCUCCAGUUUCUAUUUAGACUUUCUUUGGAUUCUCAUAAAAUUAAAGGCAAUUGGUGGAAAGCUCCUAUUCUUACGCUUCAUCUUUAACCGGGAGAAAUCUAUAUUGCAACCGAGUGUAAUUUUUAACGCUAUUAAGGAAUUAUAUAUUGUUUAAAUCUUUAGAGUUUCGACUACAAAUGUAGGAGAUUCUCCGAUUUUUAAACUUCUUCGGAAAAAAACUGUCUUUCCGUUGUAUACGAUCAUCCAAGAAUGUAUGGUAAAAUUUUGUUGAAAAAAGAACACUUAAACGCGGUUCAACAACUUAAUCAGUUUGCGAGUUUAGAGACCAAUUUGUACCCUGUGUUAUUUUUUACUAUGUCUCUCUUUAUUGUUACCAUUCAGUUCUUAACACAUUCGCUAUCAGAGUAACGAGCAUGUUAAAAUCUUAAAUUGUUAUUUCAAUAUAUAUAAAAAAUAAACAAAGAUCGUUUUGAACGAUGUACGUGGCUCGAAAUUAUGUUACUUUAUUCGAUGUUUUGUAAAAACGAAAAAAGGAAAAGGUCGAGCACUGAUAGCGAACUUGUUAAUUGAUCGUGAGAUCUUGUUUCAGCGUGAAUUUUAUUGCUUGUUGUUCUAAUAUUAAAUGGACAAUUAUUGCAAACGAUCGAAUAAUAUAUAUAUAUAUAUUAUUGUUUCUUACUAGAACACCCUAAUCAAGGGUACAAUUGCAUUAUCGCAAUUCGCUUGAACCGCUAAGACUGCUGGAAUAUUGUAUAUUACUUUUUCCGCAAAUUUGAUUUCAAUCGCGUACAUAGAAUAUAUAUUACUCUAGUCGAAAUGUGUGCUAUAAUUCUCGUAACGAACACGGCGAAAUCAUUUCUUUCUUUUUAUCUGUUCCAUGUUGUUUGUUAAUCAACGAAGGUGAGCUGCGAGUGAUCUAUUCAUAUACGCAGAACGUUCCUUAUCGUAAAGGAUAUUUAAUCCUGGAACAGAAAAUUUCCAUUUAAAUUUGUUAAUGUUAAGAUAACGUAGAAUUUGUUAAUUUCAAUAAUUUAACAACAAAUAUUUAUUCAUUUUUGAAUAAAAUACGUUUUAUUUGCUGACAAAGCGUUAAGCGGGAAAUAAAAAAAAAAAUGAAAAAUAUCGACGAACAAAAGAAAUGAAAAAAAUUAAUUAAGUUUUAAAGAAAAAAUAUCCAGGAAUUAAAUAUUUACAUUCGCAUGGUGCUCUAAAUUGAUACUUGGUAAACUACGUGACCAUGUUGUUCUUGUUGCUGUUUGCGUACCUGUUCGGUUAAUUGCACGUGGUUCUGUUUUACCAACUAUUUUUAAAUCGUGUUUACCAAGUAUCGAUAUUAACGACAAUACGCGCUUUCUUUUACGUCGACAAAUUUUCGUAUUGCUACGACGAGAAAGAAUAAAAAUUGUAAGAUUUAUUGUAAAAAUCUUGCAGAAUCGAAUUAGUGAAUUUCGCCGUAAUAUUUCUGAAAGAGGGGUAGUUGACCUUUUAUUUGACGAGAUAAAAUUAUUAAAGAUGUGCAGAGUGCCUUGAAUUUUGGGUCGGGUUGGAAAAAGAUAAUGAGAUCACAGAUGCAAAUUAAAUUUCGCCAAGUUGGAUCGCGCGGAAUUGAAUUGUGUUAAUUUGAAUCAUAUCGAUUUCCCGAGUUCGAGAAUAAAUUAGUAAUAGAGAACCAUUCUCACUCGGUAUCCUCCGAAAUUUCCAAUCUCGUCUCAAAAUUUUAAGAUUCGCGCAUCUCUAAAAAUUACAAAACGAAUAAUUUCUUUUUUGUUGAAAUAAAAAUAUUUUAUGUGCAAACUUACGAGGAAUCUUCAAAUAAGAGGUUAACGUUUAUCAUGAUGUUAUUUAAUUUCUCUGUUGCGUUCUUCGCGUCUGGAGAACCAUUUUUUGCGAGUGAUCGCUUUUGUUGACUAUCCAAAGAUGUAACUAUUAACAUUUACAGUUCUAUCUUUUAUAUAGCUCGUUAUGAUUUUUUUACCAUAUAUAUGUAUAUAUAUGUGCAUAUCUCUUCAUAGAAUUUCAUCGUGACAACGUAGUAUGCAUCGAGUUUCCAUUGAAUGAAAGUUGAAACGAGAAAAAAAUGGAUAAGAAAAGAAUGUCUAGUUAUUCGUCAUUGCAUUUGGCCAUGUUUUUUGAUUGUUAUAUUUAUUCAUUAUUCUAUGAUAGGUUUAUCACUGUUCUAGCGAUCUGUUACACGACUUUUGAAUCGAGCGAUUUCGUGUCUGUUUCUAUGGAAGAAUGAUUAUUUUUCAUGGGACAACUAGUACGGUUGAGAUAUUGAAUUCGUGGUAUAUUUGCACACGCGUGCUUAGACAGUUUCGAUAAUAGACUCACGUUCACCAUUUACCUACAUUUUUAUUUAUAUAUUUUAUCUGUGCAUGAGUAGACGAUUAAGGUAAUUUUGCAAGUUAAUAAAAAUGAAUGGUAAAAGAAGUA